AUGGGUAUUUGCCUCAUUCUCACCGCAAUCGUUGCUAUCGCAGCCGUUCUUGCUUGCAUGCUGCUUUUGAUCUGCAUCAAGUUUGCUACCGAUCGUGAUGCACGCCGUGAAGCUCGCAAACGUGCCUUAUCUGCCUCCAACGAGCAGAAGAAGGUGGAUGGAGAUGUUGCAUCCGCCGUUUCCGGUCAUACAACCACUACUAGCAACGCCGAAGAACGUGCCGGGCUGACGAAGGUUUUGAUCACUGAUGAGAAUGAGGAUUGA